AUGUUAAAAUCUAUACUCCACAUCAUGAUCCUCAUCAUUCAUUUACAGAACCAAUUGGAUAAAAACCUGUAAAAGUAGGAGGGAAUAUUAUACCAGCUAAGUUUUUUGGUAAUGAUUUAAAUAAUGAAUAAGAAAUUGUACAGCAAUAUGUGCCUAUAAAGAAUGAUCUUAGCAACUUUGUAUAAAUAUUUUUUAGUCGUUCUUGGGAUGUUAUCAUUAUUGAUUAAGUAUCUAUCUGUCUUUCUUUGUUUUGGUUAUUUAGAAGAAGAACUAUAUUUUAUUGUCAUUUUCCUGAUAAAUUAUUAUUUUAGAGAGAAAAUCGUUUAUUAAAAAAAUUUAUAGAUUUUUCUAGGAUUCAUUGAAUAAAUUAGCAUAAUAUUUGCUAAUUUAGUAUUAGUAAAUAGUGAAAAAUAGUUAUAAAAGCAUUCCCUAUUUAUAAUUAAUAUGGUAGAUAAUCAGAAGUAUUGUAUUCAGCAAUAUAAUUCUCUAAAUUUGAAUCACCUCCUGAUUUAAAUAGACAUGAUAGUACAUUAAUUACAAAUAGCUAUUUCAUAUCUUUAAAUAGAUAUGAAAGAAAGAAGAAUAUUGCUUUAGCUAUUUAUGUUUUUGCUGUUUUUAGAUAAUCAUUGAGUUAGGAUGAAAAUAUUGAAACUAUAAGAUUAGUCGUAGCAAGAGGAUAUGAAUAGAGAGUUGAAGAAAAUGCGUAACCUUUGAUUAAUUAAAUUAGAUUGCUUAAAGAUAAAAUAUUAAUGAAUAAGUUACUUUUAAAUAAAAAUUUCAGAUACUGAAAGAACAUGGUUUAUGUCAAUGCAUUAGCUGUACUAUAUACCAGAAAGAGAACAUUUAGGCAUAGUUUCAUUAGAAGCUAUGUAUAGUUAAGUUUCUGUGAUUGCAUGUAAUUCUGGAGGUCCAAAUGUAUUUAUUUGAUUAGAAAUUAAUAGGAAUCAAUUUAGAAUGGAGUAAAUGGAUAUUUGUGUGAUUCUAAGACUAAUGAAUGGUGUCAGAAAAUGAUUGAGAUACAUUAAAAUAAGAAACUGAGUAAAAAAUUGUGA